GCACACGUGAUAUGACGUGACCAUGCUCUAUAGCGAAUACUUACGUACUGAUUUUAUGCAUGUUCAUUCAGAUAAUUUUAUGCAGCAUUUACUCUAAUUGGUCAUUCAUUAUUAUUAUUGUUUCCGCCACAACAAUACAUUACGCAAUUACUUGACAUUCUCAAUGCGCUUAUAUAUCACAUCCUGUUUGCACCGAAACUCAUUUUAUCAUCGCACACUUGAUGUGAGGUUGGAUUUUUGCAAAUGUGCAAUCUUUCAUAAAAUGGCGUAAAUAUCUACAAAAAUAUGAUCAAUAAAGCGAGUAAACAACUUGCUGUUGGUAGAAACAUGAAAUGUUAUAUUUUGGUAAUAUGGUUUGUGCUGGUUUUAAGUAAAACUAGCCAAGCUGCUUUACCCUUGUGCUCGAGUGGUCUCAGUUCAGUUAUAACCUCGUCGUGCCGGUUUACUCCUGGCGAACACAAGUACACAUCGUUGGACAUUCGAAGCGACGUUUUCCUUGACACUUCGUCAAGCAACGCAGUACAUACCUUCAUAAUCUCAGGAGAUUUCAUACUCCGCUCUGGAGCUGUUUUGUCGGUGGGCUAUAACCAGGAGUCAAAUACUGGGGCAGCACCUGGGAAUUCUGGUGGAAGUCAUGGAGGCCGAGGGGGAGCUGAGAGUGGAACAACAUUAGAAGCAAACGAAGGAGUCCCUUAUGGUUCAAGCCUGGUCGUAAAUACCCCUGGAAGCAAAGGAGGGAACGGCGGACAGGGAGGUGGGCUCCUGAAGAUCCAAGCAUCUGGUGUUACUAUCGACGGCUCAAUACGCACAAAUGGUGAACAUGGUCUCCGAGAUCGCAAGUCAGGCGGAGGUAGUGGAGGAGGAGUCGCGAUCCAGUGUAUCACUCUUGCAGGAGUCGGAGAUGUGGACGUGCGUGGUGGUUUAGGGCAAAAUAACGGUGGGGGAGGCAGUGGGGGACGAAUCAGUGUAAACUGCACAAAUGAUGCUUUCUCAGGAACCUUUCAAGUUCAGGGCGGAAAAACAAGUAAGUAAAGAUUUUAAAUUGUUUUGUAAAUUUGAUGAAACAUGCCACUGAAGUGUAGCAUACCAUACGCAGAAGCUUUUAUACAAACAAAGCAUUUAAUUUAGAUGUUGACGUUUCUAUGACAUGGAGAAAGAACAAAAGGAAUUCGAUAGGGAAUUAUUUUUGUUUUGGUUUUACCUCGGU